CGGGGCGGAAGUUUCCCGCCCCACCCGUAAGAGUUGAGGUUUGAGCAGCGCAAGUGAGGUUCUUGUCCGGGUUCCAGUUUUCCGUGGCUCCUCCUCCUCCUGUCGUUGCAGGUGUUAUUCCUGGGACUCAGAUGGACCACACAUCCCCGACCUACAUGCUUGCUAACUUAACCCACUUACACUCAGAACAACUUCUGCAGGGCUUGAAUCUCCUUCGUCAGCAUCACGAACUCUGUGACAUCAUUCUUCGAGUAGGUGAUGUUAAAAUCCAUGCUCAUAAAGUGGUACUUGCCAGCAUCAGCCCGUACUUCAAAGCUAUGUUCACUGGAAACCUUUCUGAGAAGGAGAACAAUGAGGUUGAGUUUCAGAGCAUUGAUGAAGCUGCACUGCAGGCCAUUGUGGAGUAUGCCUAUACUGGGACAGUCUUCAUUUCUCAGGACACAGUGGAGUCUCUCCUGCCCGCAGCAAACCUACUGCAGAUAAAACUUGUCCUGAAAGAAUGCUGUGCAUUUCUUGAGAGCCAACUUGACCCUGGGAACUGUAUUGGAAUUUCCCGUUUUGCAGAGACAUAUGGCUGUCAUGACCUUUAUUUGGCGGCUACUAAAUACAUAUGCCAGAAUUUUGAAUCUGUUUGCCAGACGGAAGAGUUUUUUGAGCUUACGUAUGCUGAUUUGGAUGAGAUUGUCUCCAAUGACUGCUUGAAUGUCGCUACUGAAGAGACAGUUUUUUAUGCAUUAGAGUCUUGGAUCAAGUAUGAUGUGCAAGAACGCCAGAAAUACUUAGCACAACUGCUGAACAGCGUGCGAUUACCAUUGCUGAGUGUUAAGUUCCUCACUAGGCUCUAUGAAGCAAAUCACCUUAUCCGUGAUGAUCGUACGUGUAAACAUCUGUUGAAUGAAGCCCUAAAGUACCACUUCAUGCCUGAACAUAGACUCUCUCAUCAGACAGUCUUGAUGACGCGACCUCGCUGUGCUCCCAAAGUGUUGUGUGCGGUAGGAGGAAAAUCUGGACUCUUUGCCUGUUUGGAUAGUGUGGAGAUGUACUUUCCCCAGAAUGACUCUUGGAUUGGUCUGGCGCCCCUAAAUAUUCCUCGCUAUGAAUUUGGGAUAUGUGUUUUAGACCAAAAAGUCUAUGUUAUAGGUGGUAUUGAAACUAGCGUGCGUCCUGGUGUCACCGUGAGAAAACAUGAAAAUUCAGUGGAGUGUUGGGACCCUGAUACAAAUACCUGGACUUCUCUAGAGAGAAUGAACGAGAGCAGAAGUACCCUUGGAGUAGUAGUCCUUGCUGGAGAACUUUAUGCUUUAGGUGGAUAUGAUGGACAGUCUUACUUGCAAUCUGUAGAGAAAUAUAUCCCCAAAAUAAGACAAUGGCAACCUGUGGCCCCAAUGACAACCACAAGAAGUUGUUUUGCUGCAGCUGUUCUGGAUGGAAUGAUUUACGCCAUUGGAGGGUAUGGCCCCGCUCACAUGAACAGUGUGGAGCGCUAUGACCCAAGUAAGGAUUCCUGGGAGAUGGUUGCAUCCAUGGCCGAUAAAAGGAUUCACUUUGGCGUCGGAGUUAUGCUAGGUUUUAUUUUUGUGGUAGGUGGGCACAAUGGUGUCUCACAUCUGUCAAGCAUUGAAAGAUAUGACCCGCAUCAAAAUCAGUGGACAGUGUGCAGACCAAUGAAAGAGCCCAGGACAGGAGUUGGUGCUGCAGUAAUUGAUAAUUACCUUUAUGUAGUCGGUGGUCACUCAGGGUCUUCCUAUUUGAACACAGUACAGAAAUACGACCCUAUCUCAGAUACAUGGCUGGACUCAGCUGGCAUGAUAUACUGUCGCUGCAAUUUUGGAUUAACAGCACUUUGAGAAGUGUGAACUUGUGGGAAUCGCCCAUGGUGGUGCCACGGAAAGAAGGCCCAGUGUCCUGAAAACUGCAUUGCUUUCUCUGUAACUUGAAGUGGCGUGAAGACUCAGAGCUUUGUUGGGUACUUUGAACAGACAAAUAGUUUGAAUUGCUCUUGAUUAUAUAGUGAAUCAAUAAUUAAGAAAAAAAAGAAAGGAAGGAAAAAAAGGAAAGACCUAACCAAUUAAAUUGUGCACUUUUCUCCACUAAGACUGGGAUAGACUAGUUUUUAUAUUCCUAAAUGUAGAGAAAACCUUGCUGCUUUUUAAUUUUGUUUUCAAUAAUUUAAGCUCAUUUUUUUUAAAUCUGUAUUUUGAUUUACUAGGAAGAGAGAAGCUUCAGACCCUGGAGUGUAUUGAAUGACUGGACAGAGUGUGGAUAGUGAUUGUUGGAUGUAAAUUCAUACACUUCGCAUUGGUUUUAUUAAAAAGGGCUGCUUUUCCUUUGGGUACUUUUAAGGAUUGUAAAUACCAUGUCAGUCAUCUGAGGGCUCUUUCUGCUAAAUGAUUUUAGGGCUAAUAGUGUGAUAAAGUUGCAAAACAAUGGCUUUUAUUAUCAUAUUUGGGGCCCUGUUUAAGACAGGGCAUAUUUAUUGUUUGUGCUUUUUCUGUGUGGGCUGAUGACCUCCUCUGUGCUUCGGUGAGCCUGGAUAGAGAGCAAAUCGCGUGGUUGCAGCUGUUCUCCAGCGCUACACAGCAGGCGCCCGCAGUCGAUGUAAAUACAUUUGGAAGCUGUCUGGUACCACCCUCGAUGCAUACUGUUGUUUUCACAUAUUCUUCAUUUUAGUCUUUUACGGUCCUGAUUUUGUUUUCAGUGUUCAAUUAUAAAAAUGGUGCUAACUGCAGGAUGUGUAACAAAGCUGUAACCAAUGUUAUUUGGGUGGUCAGUGUGAGAUGCAUGAUGUACUAUGAUAGUCUUUUUCAUUUUUUAUUGGCUUGACUUCAUUUGUGCUUAUGGAAAAUAAUAGUGAUUACAUUAAUGUUAACAUCCAAAACCAUCUGAAUGGCUUGAGUUAUACUUCCCAUGGUUUUUGAAUGGUGACUUAAAGAAUGAUGCUUUUUUUUUUUAAUUUUCUUUCUUGUUCUAGAUAUUACCUGUCCUUCAAUACAGAAAUACAUGCACCAAAUACAACAUGCUAGGCAGGUGUGCAUUACUGUUUUUAUUUCUUAGGUAACUGAGUAUUUUUAAUUUAUUGAGGAAAACUGGAACUCGAUGUUUACUUGAAUAAAUGGUUCUAAAUUUGGUUCUGCUUUGAUUAAAGAAACAAUCUUUCACAACAAAACUGUUACAGCCACUGACAGCUUAUUUUAAAAAAAUAGUUAACUUAUUCUAGCAUGGUUUAGUAAAUAUCUGUUAGUCUUAACACAUUAAUUUGCAUUUUAUUACUAUGUUGGUACUUGCAUUUUCGAAUUUAGUAAUUUUGUUUUCGUUUCCUUUUUUUUUUCUUUUUUACCUACCUACUCUCUCUCUCUCUUUAUAACUUCUACAAGACCAGUGAAUAUUUUUUCCUAAGAAAAAGAACUCAUCCUGCAUUCUUAAGUGCCAUACUAUUCUAACUAUUGUUAAGAAGCCAUUUGUAAUUAUAAAGACUAGCUUUACCUGUUAGCAUAUAUGUUAUUGCUCAAAAACUAUAGCCGAGCAAUUUGUAGAAUUCCUUGUUUUUCCAUAAACUACCCGUUGUAGAUUUGAGACUAUACUAUGAAACUAUGUAAAAUCAUCUUUAGUCAUAGAGUAAUACCAUGCUUUACAAAUAUUUGCACAGAUUAUGAAGCCUUGCAAGUAAUUUUUAGUCUCUUUUAACCUAGAACUCAACAGAAGCUAAUAAAAUCAACUAAGUAUUUUCUAUGUCGCUUAUUUGAAUAUCAUAGUGACACAUAGCAAUAACUUUUUCAUUGGUUUGAAUAAAUCUGUUGAAUAGGAAUAAGGUGCACUAUUGUGGUUGGCCUAAACCGUAUUUAAAGAAAAGCAUUUUAAAGUAGAUUCCAGCAGAUACACACUUUUAAAUCCUAAGCAUAAAUGUUUUUGUUUAUAUCAGCCAAAUUAUUAAAUAUAUUGUUAUGCUACUUUUAAUCUCUUCCUCCCAGAAGUGAAGUGAAUUUGGAAGACUAGAAAGUUAUUUUAAACAUAAACACAUCUAUUCUAAUCAUUCUGUUUUAACAGGGCUUUCCUCAUAUAUUGCUCCCAGUGUGCAAUUCCUACAAAAUACAUAGCCAUUUGGUAGGUUAGAUCAAAAGUAUACUGACUAUUAUUUUAUUUUUUAAAUCUUAAGUUUUAUCUUGCUUAAAAACUAAAUGCAAAACAUUUUGGGCAACGGUAGGAUCAUGUUUCUGUGAACAAAGUACAGAAACAUACAAAGCAGAAAAAAUUGCACUCAAAAUUUAGAAAUACACUGUAUUUUAGGAAUCCUGUUGUAUUGUUCAUAGUAAGCAUAGCUACUGUAUGUCCUGACACCUGGUAAGUUCACAACAGAGAUUUCUCAUCUGGAAUUGGAUGGUAUAUUUUCUAAAGGAAAAACAAAACUAGGAAAGACACAAACCCAUUUUCUAGAACACCGUGGCCCUGGCUAACAAUGAGGAAAAUACAUGUGUGUAUCAUGCUGGGUCCUGGUGUUUGUUUUCAGCUGUGGUGGUGGAUUCCUAGUGUUGUCACCAAAGUGCUCAUUUUUAGGAAAAUCAAACUCCACAGUGAAGUCAAGUUCAAUCAGUUGUGAUAACCUCUCUAAACUUUCUAUGCAGAAAGUACACAAGCUCUGUGACAGGUCAAGUUAACAUCCUUUCUGCUACUCAACCCUCUCUUUCCCACUGUAGACAGCACUUUAAUUAGACAAGAUUUAAUUAGAUAAUGAUUCUGUGGCUGGGUAUUUAUUGGCUCUUCAUUUCCAGUGUACUGAAUUCAGUGUUGAUAUUCACAUUUGGAAAAUAAGUUUAAUACAUUUUGCAUAGAAAAAGUUUACAAAUCUUACUAGUGUGAAUAUGGUCAAAUAAAAAUCCAGUUUACAUCUCGCAGAGAGAAAAAUUGUCACCCAUGUCUUUCAUAUUAUAUAUCCGCAUGUCUUCUACAUUUAAUUUUGUCAAGUUAUCGUGUAAAGUCCCACUUAUUUUAAAAUACCAAGCAAAAAGUUCCAAGUUUGCCUUAAUAUACAUGUGAAAUUAAAGAACUGGAUGAUAAUGCCUAUAUCUUUGCCUUAUGAAUUGUGCCGUGUCAUGAACCAGAGAUGGCUGUGCAUUUAACAGGAUUCUGAAGCAUUGUAGAUGUGGAGUACCAGUGGGUGUCCUCUGUUGCAAAGAGUGUGGUUGGUUGGUUGUCAGUAAGGUUCAUGUUUAAAUGUUUUGUACCUGUAUUUUACCUCUGAAUAGGUACUUUUUAGCAUCAGGGUUUUAUUUUAUUUUUGUUUACAUAGUAAAGUGGCAUUUAACUUGUUGAAGAUUGUGUUCUUUUUUUUUAUUUUAAGAGUUCUUUGUGUAUAUUAUUGUGGUAAUGCUCUGUAAUGGUUAUAGUUAUAUUUCACUUAAUGUGAAGUAUUUAAAAUAAAACUGAAAAAUAUAAAUUUG